GAUCCCUUUUCCAGCAAAAUAAAAACCCGGGAAGAGCGGCUUUUCCUCCCUCUCCAGCCCCCAGGCAUGGCCGCUGGGAUGUCACCGCCAGCCCCGGAUGCCGUGGAUGUCGUCCUGCCGGGCCAGGAGCUGCUCCAGAGCUCCCGGGAGAGCGCCGGAGACCCCCCGGAGCCGGGGCUCAGCCGUUAUCACCUGGCACUGCAGAGGAUGGCCGGGGACCUGCUGUCCCUGCGCCGCCGCGUCGCCAGCCUGGAGGCCGAGAAUGGGCACCUGCGGCACAGCCUGGCGCGGCUCCGGGAGCCGGCGGCGCUCCACCACACCCAGCCCGACAAACUGAGCCGGGAGGAGCUGCUGGAGAGACUCGCCACGCUGGGGCGCGAGCUGGCGGUGGGCGCUGCGGAGAUGCGGGGGCUGCGGGACCGGGUGCAGCGGCUGCAGAACGAGCUGAUCCGGAAAAACGACCGCGAGAAGGAGCUGGUGCUGCUCCAGCGGUGGCACCGCCAGCAGCAGGUGACACUGAGGAGGUGCCAGGACAGGGUGGCCAAGGCCAGGGCGCUGGAGCAGGCGCUGCGGCAGCAGGAGAAGGCGAGCGCGGGCUUGGGGUGGCGAGGGGGGUUUGGGGCCACCGGGAGCUCCACGGGGUCCCUGGAGUGGCGCUGGGGACACGGCGACAGCGGUGUCCCCUGCUCAGGUGAUCGAGGCCAUGGAGCGGCUGCUGCGGGAGAAGCCGGGCAGGAGCACGGAGACACCCGCGGGUGGGGACACGGGACACGUCCCGCUGUCCCCCCACGCCACCCCACAGGUGACAGGCUCGGCGGGGACGCGCUGGCGCUGCUGCCCGAGAACCGGCGGCUGCGAGGGGACCCGGCCAGAGCCCCCCGGGCCCCGGCGCUGCCGGGGCGCCUGGGGGGCGAGGAGAAGCUGCGGCUGCUGGCCCGGCUGGAGGAGGCGCAAGCCCGCGGGCGAGUGUUGGAGAGGCAGCUGGAGGAGGCGGCCAGGAGCUGGGGCCGGGAGAACCAGGAGCUGGGGACGCGCCUGCUGGAGCGGGAGCACGGCCUCCCCCCGGCCCGGACGCUGCCGGCCGUUCCCGUGCCCCCCCGGAGGAGACCCCAGCCCCUGCCCCCCCUGCCCUGACCCCGCAGAGAUGGAGAUGCCCGGGGCUGGCACAGAGGAGCUUUUCCAUGGAUCAGCG